AUGCAAUCAUUCACUUCAAUUCUCGCGUGCAUUGUUUUCUUAACCUCAAUAUUACACGUUUCACAUGCUCUGGAACACGGUGGCGGUGACUACCCUUCCUCCACCACCGUCCCUGCAUCUCCGACUCAAACACAGACCCAAAUCUGCCGUCUCGACCUCUCCAACGAGCUAUUCGGCGGCGUCAACGACGCCUGCGGCAAAAACCUCGACCGCAGCCGGUGCUGUCCGGUGCUCGCGGCUUGGCUUUUCGCAGCUCACGCACGAACGGCUCUGGAGGUUUCUGCUCCGGCUCCGGCGACCUCCGGCGAUCUUCCGAUGAUGCCAAACGACGACUCGCAGAGAUGUGUGAACUCGCUCCAAGACUCGCUUCGUAAACGAAACAUUCAAAUCCCACAACCCAACGCGAGCUGUGACGCCAUAAUGUGUUUCUGUGGGAUCAGGCUUCACCAGUUAAGUUCCCUGAAUUGUCUCUCUGCGUUUAACGUUUCUUCUUUAAUUCGCAACGUCUCUCGUGCUCAAAACGCAACCCCUAGUGCUGCCGUUCGAAACUUGGAGAAGAAUUGCCGUAACUCUUCCUAUGCUGGUUGCACCAAAUGCCUCGGUGCCCUACAAGAGGUAAAAGUAUACAAGAAGGAGAGCAAGGAGAAUGAGAGGGCUAGGAAGAUGUUCAACCGAGACUGCCAACUGAUGGCUCUGACAUGGCUUCUAGGGAGGAACAAAACGGCGUAUAUACCAACUGUUUCGGCGGUGUUGCGUGCAGUUAUGUACGGAGCUCAUCCACACGAAACCAAAUGUAGCCCUGACCAGGAGAACAUGCCCUUGGCCGUUGAUUCUCUGCAAUUCGAAAAGAGCCAGGCCUCAUCUUCGCCGUUGAUAUUACUUUGGAUAACGCUUGUGCUUGUGCCACUGAUCGUCCUGAACUCUGCUUCUGUUUGA